GUAUUGCUUAAAAUCGCAUGAUGUGCGCUUGGUAGCAGCAGCAUACUGGUGUGUAAUAUACUCCCUUGCUAUUUGCACACUUCAACUUCAUCGACAACAUGGAAGAAAGUGGGAAACAGCAUGAAAUAUUUGUUGAAUUGAGACAGCGUUUGGAAAGCGGUCUCUUGAUUUUACGGAAGGACAUCGCUCAGUGCCCCACCGAGGUAAAGGUUGACAGCAGCAACUCUUCCCUCCUCAUCCAAACCCCCCGAGGCCUGCGGUGUGCCGAGCUGCCACCAGGGGUCCGUGUGGUGCAGGGCUCCUGCCAGCCCACCCCCACUGGCGAUGGAGGAGAGGGACUCCACUUCAGACUGCGCCUCAGUGUAGACCAGCCGGCAGAGGCUCAGGGGAGUGUUAUUGAACGGCUACAGGUCCAGCAGCCGUAUGGCUUCUACUGCCAGGCCUGCAGGAGUCGCAUCCUGGAACAGAGGGUGUUCCGGCGGGUUCUCCCUCUGCCCAGCGGGAACUGGAACGCGUUGGUGGGCGAGUGGUGCUGCCACCCGGAUCCCUUCGCCAACAGGAAGCUCCACCCGCGGGCGGAGGACUGCCUGACGGGGGACACCCACUUCCUGUUGGUGAGGGACAGCAGCUGCAACCAGACGCUCAUAGUGGAGUCCAAGCAAGACCCCGCCUCUGACCACCAGCUGCCAAUCACAGACAAGACUCUGAAGAGCCCAGGCCAGCCCAACGUGCCCCCCCCACGGGUCUCCUGUAAAAACUGUUCGGCCACGCUAGGAGAGGCCCUCACUAGAGAUGUGUUGAAGUUCUACAUAACGGAGGUUGUGGAGACUGAAAGUGAGGACUGUGAAACAGACAGGACCGGGAGGAGAUUAGAGUUUGUGGAGAAGACUGUGUCCGCCAGGCUGGUUGAACUGUCGUCAGCUCAGAGCACCUUCCGCUUCUCCAUUCAAGGACCCAGUGGCACAGCGGCUAUCUUGCUCUGGGUCCUGAACACCGACACCCUGGUUGCCUCAUUUCCCGAGAUUCCGGUAUCCGGCGACGACACCCUCAUCUUUCCUGGCGACAGUUGCCAUCCCAGUGAGGAUCGAUCACGCUGCGCCGUCGGCGCAAUCAAAGUCCUCUAUCUCCCCUGUGGUCCCAGCAUGCACCAGGAUACUGUAAGUGCCUGGGAGAAGGACAUCAGUGUCCACACACUGACCCUCCCUCAGACCACCUGCCAGGAAGUGCUUCAGCUGCUGAGAGCGUCCACUUCCUCUCUGCCUCCAUCACUGCGCUGCAUGAACUCCUACCAGGUGGCCUUUAUGAGAAGAUAAGGACAUGAGAGUAGACCGACCGGUCAGAUAUACGGCGGCGCUUUCCAGAGGGGUCUGCCACUCAGCAUUCCAAAGACACGGGGACGUUGGGAAGUUGGCCAUGGUUCUCGUCACAGACAGUACUCACUGCUGCAGUGCUCCGUGCACACAACCAAACACAUGGCUUCCUCGUUUGAACCCUGUGAACCAGAUGGCCAUAUUAAAUUUUCUACAAAAUGCCAGUCUUGCCAUGAUUUGUUUUGUCCGGGGUGUCUAUCAACUGUAGGUCUACCAAGCCAGCUAGAGGGCAUAGCAUGCCUUGUUAGCAGAGCAAACACAGUCUAGCCUGGCCUCGAUGCCGGUGACAUCGUGCCAAUGGACUUCUGUUCAACAAACAGGGCUCUUGCCAACUGCCCAGUGUGAGGUAAACAACUCUGUUUAGGACUCCAUCUUCAGUGCAAGGGCAUUAUAAGGACUAUUUCACCAUGUUUCGCUUGUGACAUUUGAUUUGUAUAUGAUAUUUGAAAUGUAAUUUCAUUAUUUGUGAAGUAUAUGUUGUUCCAGGAUUCACCUACAUAUACAUUCACUUAACAAUAUGUAUUUACAAGAGGAGCACAUGAAUAUCAACCUUAACCACAAAGCUUACACAAGUGAGCUGUACCUAAAGCUCUUUAAUGAGCUUGUUCCCACCUGGUCUAAAUGAUCGGAAUUUAGCGAUAUGCCACCUCGCUAGUUUGUGUACAUGGCUGGCAAUAAAAAAGUGCUCUCCA